AUGGCAGCACUGUGCUAUCACACUGUGACCCCACUCCUGCCUGCUUACGUCAUCUCACUUCUGUUCGUCUCAUCUCAUUCCUUCUGUGAUAUUCUCACCAACAACUCACUGAGGGAGGUAUAUCAGUCCCCUCGAAUCCAUUCCGACCACCAGCACAGCAUGCGCCUUCCUAUGUCGGUUGGUCAGGUCAAACUGCUUGGGUGGUGGAGUGGGCAAAGGUCAACAGUUGUCGCCUGA